GCGCUGCGCCCGGGGACUGGAAAACCGGCGGGCUGCUGUUGAUGUGCGUCCUGGGGCGAUGCUGAAGGCAGAAGACACCGCGCCCCGAAGCUGCUGAGCUGAAAGAGGCCGGCAUGGGCCCCAAGCUGCCCACAGCUUGGCUGCUCCUCCUCACCUGGCUCCCAACAGGAUGCCUGUCCUUGCUGGUGACAGUCCAGGACACAGAACGCUAUGUCACCCUGUUUGCCUCCGUUACCCUCAAAUGUGACUACACCACCUCUGCCCAGCUCCAGGACGUGGUGGUGACCUGGCGUUUCAAGUCCUUCUGCAAGGACCCCAUCUUUGAUUACUUCUCUGCCUCAUACCAGGCGGCUCUAUCUCUGGGCCAAGACCCCUCCAAUGACUGCAAUGAUAACCAGAGGGAAGUUCGAAUUGUGGCCCAGCGACGGGGGCAGAGUGAGCCAGUGCUGGGGGUGGAUUACCGACAGCGCAAGAUCACCAUCCAGAACCGAGCAGAUCUUGUGAUUAAUGAAGUGAUGUGGUGGGACCAUGGAGUGUAUUACUGCACCAUUGAGGCUCCUGGGGACACCUCUGGAGACCCAGAUAAGGAGGUGAAGCUCGUCGUCCUGCACUGGCUGACGGUGAUCUUUAUCAUUCUGGGAGCCCUCCUCCUGCUGCUGCUGAUUGGAAUGUGUUGGUGCCAGUGCUGCCCACAGUACUGCUGCUGCUACAUCCGCUGCCCCUGCUGCCCCACUCGCUGCUGCUGCCCUGAGGAAGCCCUGGCCCGCCACCGCUACAUGAAGCAGGCUCAGGCCCUAGGUCCUCAGAGGAUGGAAAAACCCCUGUUCUGGGGUGCAGACAGGAGCUCCCAGCUCUCAUCUUAUACAAUGAACCCACUGCUGCAGCGAGAUUUGUCCUUACCGUCCAGCCUCCCACAGAUGCCAGUGACUCAAGCCCCAGCUCAUCCUCCCAUUGCCAAUGGUGUCCUGGAAUAUUUGGAGAAAGAGCUGCGCAACCUCAACCCAGCGCAGCCUCUGCCUCCCGAACUCAAAGCCGGAUCUGGCCACCUCUGCAGCAUGCUGUCCUCCCUGGGCUCCGAGGUUGUGGAGCGCAGAAUCAUCCGCCUGCCUCCACUGAUCAGAGACCAGCCGGCCUUGAGCAGGACCAGCAAUGCAUCACACCAGCAGUGGCUCACCCCAGUUCCCUCCAGACCCUGGGAUCUGAGGGAGGGGAGAAGGCAGCCCUACUACUCCGAUUUCUGCCAGGAGCUUCAGGACCGAGGGCCAAAACCCUGGGAGUCUGGAAGAAGAGAGCUAGACCACCUGUGGAGAGAACGGCAUCGCUGCUCCAGGCGGCACAGAUCACCCUCGGCCUGGUCAGAUCCGGACAGCCUCAGUGAUGGCCUCUCGUCCAGUGAGGGACACUGGCCGCCCAGCCGUCCCCAUCCCAGGAACCACCAUGAGGCGCGGCCCCACAGGCCGCACAGCCCUGGGGAUCACUACCGGAGGAUCAGGAGACCCCGGCCCCGCAGCUACUCCCCUCCCAUGAACUCUGGCCUCAGUUCCUGGAGCUCUGAUGAGAAGGAGACGCCCCCGCCACCCAGAGACCGGGGGUCCCAAAGAAGUCACCAUGGCCGGUCUCAUUCCCCAAGCUGGCCUGAGGAAAAGCCACCCAGCUACCGCUCACUGGAUGUCACUGCAGGCAAGAAUGGCAGGCAAAAAGGGAAUGUGGAGAGGCGCUCGGAGAGAGAGAGCUCCCAUAGUGGAAAGAGUGUGAUCAUUUAGUCGCCAGGCACAGCACUACUUCUGUGGCUAUUUCUCAUCUCCUGCGUGUCCCCAGCACCAUCUAGAUUUCCAUGUGAUCUGAGAGGGCUACUGCAAGCCUGCCUAAGAAUGCUGGCUUCAAUUCUGAGGAUCGAAUAGAAGAAUUUUUAAAGCAAGAUCAAAGAAUUAGUGACUAGCCUUAGCCUUGGUUCAACCUCUUUGGCUAUAUAGUCCCUGAUGUGUAAUGGAGCCUAACUGGGAUGUGAUCCCUCAGGAACUUAGCAGCCUGAGUCUCCAAGUAGGUCACAGUGGUUAUGGUCAUGGCUACUCGCAAAACGAGAACUCAGGAAUUGUGUUGUUCAGCUUUCUGUUGCUGGAGCAAAUAUCUUGGGUAAGUAACUAGAGAAGAAGACUUCUUUUGGCUCACGGUUUCCGAGUUUUCAGUCCAUGGUCAACUGGCUCCAAGACAGAAACAUCAUGGUGAAAGAGGACAGCAGAGCAAAGCUGCCUAACUCAUGGCAAGCAGCAAGCAGAAUGAGAGAAGAGAGCCACAGAGGAAGGAGGCUGGACACCAGAAUGUACCCUUCUAGGUUCUGUCUCCAGAUACCUACUUCCUCUGACCUGGCCUCCUCUCCUCAUAGCAGAUCAGUCAUGAACUCAUCAGUCGGUUAGCCUAAUAAGGUUAGAGGCCCUCAUCACCUUCCACAAGCUCCGCCUCUGAACACACGAGCCUUUUGGGGGGCAUUCUUGAUCUAAACCAUAGCAGGGAUCUUUAAGAAGUCAAGCAUAUUUCAGAAACAGGAAACCUAAUAAGUAUUAGGGAAACUCCCAUGGGAACUUGUCUGCCUCCAUUGAGUAUCCUGGGGAUCUUUAUGUGUUUGGAGUCAUUGCUCCCAUUCUCAAUCCUGAGACUCUUGAGUUCCCAGUCUGAGAUGGCACUGAAAUUGUACAUUUUUGUGCCCUUUUACAGGCUGUUUUUUGUAAGGGGAGCAGGGAAGCAUUUUUGCACCAAUCUUAUUCUUGUAUCUUGUUUUCUUCUUGCUCAUUUUCCCCUACAUCUAAUUUAUAUUUUCUUAUAUAUUAUGAAGCCAUUAGGAUCACUUUAUUUGCUUCUUGGGACUGGCACAGUGUAAAUAAAUAAGAAAAAAAUAAAUGUACUGGGCUGGGGAGACUGCCCCAAAUAAAUACCUGAUUUUCUACUUUGGUGCACUUGACUGGGUUAAACCUUCUUCCCCUAAAGUUCAGAGAAGAGCCAGGCCAACCUAGGUAGUUCUAGAACUUCCAUCCUCCUGGCCUUUCAGGUUUGAAAUUUCCCAAGCAAAAGCAUUCAGUGAGGUGUUGCUACUCAGAGUCCCAGGUGAAAGGGCUGUGCCUUCCCUAGCGUGGAACAUAAAGCUCUUCCCAUUUUCUAUCCUAUGCUUCAUGCAGAGACCUUCUCUGAGCAGACUGAAAGGAGAUCGACCUAGCAGAGGUGCAGCUGUUGUGUGUGUGUGCCUGAGAAUCCAUAUGUAUAAGGUCUUAAGCUUGCUUAAUUUAGAGCCUGUUGUAUCAACAUACUCCCCCCACCCCCGGUUUCAUAACUACAUGUGGAGAAAUAAAGGUUUCUUUGGAAUUUUAAAUAUCCACAUGUAACUGAGCUUUAAUUAGCAAAAUGGAGGGGAAGAAAUUUUAAUAGAUAAUGUCAUAGAAUCUAAUAGGCAGGUAAGGGACUUCUCGUCUAGAAAAAAUAGAAGAGUCCCAUUUUUCCCUGUUCUUUUCUAUUAUGUACAACUUUAUAAAUCUUAGAAAUGGCACAAGAAAAAACCAAAAACAUUCUGAAGAGUGUUAAGAAUAAGCUGGCUUGAGAGUUUAGGACUAAAAGAACAGCACAGAGGCAGGGAAACUCACACACACACACACACACACACACACACACACACACACACACAAGUCAAUUGAAGAUGGCCAGGUAGCUCAACCUGGAUCUUAUUGAGUCAUUCUGGCAACCUCAUCUGAGGGGCCAGUUGUGAACCCUACCAAAUAUAAGCACCUAGGGGAAGACCUCUCCUCUUCUGGGCCAGCAGUUCCUCUUCUGAGGACAGAUACUAAGCUGAGCAAGAGGAACCAGUCAAGAGAGGCCAGAAUAAAGAAGGUGGCUCAUUUGGGGAGGCUUCAGACUGACUUGGACUCUUGUCUCCCUACCCAAAGUCAACAUUGCUAACUGGUGGAAUCAGGAAAAUGGACAGACUGUCACAGCAGGCAGCUCUGCAGCUAGAAGUGUGUUCAUCAAAGCCAUAUUAAGGAACCAAGACUCUAUUCCUUGGACCACAGAAACCUGAGCAACUGGGCAGGGGGGCGGUAGCAGGAGGAUUCCCCCUUCAGCAAAAGAUACAACUACCCAGACAGAAGAAAUUCCUCCCGGGCCGGGGAUUUAGCUCAGCGGUUCGGUGGCCUGCCUUGCAAGGGCAAGGACCCGAGUUCAA